AUGUCGGUCGCCUCAGUUUCGUUACCCCCAAACACUCCCAUAACAGUGCAAGACGUCCAGCACUGCGCCUCCCAGCUCGGGAUCACCCUCACGCAAGCCGCCGAGUCCGAUUUGCACAUCCUCCUUGCAGCGCUACACGAAAGCGCGGAGGCACUCGACAAGCUCGAGGAUUACGUGCCUGAAGUUGACUUUGUUCGUUUCCCCAGGGUUGGGGGGCGGGAGCCGGCGGAGGGGGAGAAUGAUAAUGGGGCUUGGGCGUAUAAGGUGACGAUCCAAGCGAACCCUCCCAUCUCCGGGCCGUUAUCAGGUCGUACCAUCUGCAUCAAAGAUAACAUCACCGUCGCCUCCGUCCCCUGCAAGCUCGGCACCUCCGUAUUCAGCAACUGGAUCCCCAAGACCGACGCUACGGUCGUGAAGCGCGUCCUCGAAGCGGGGGGGACAGUAGUCGGCAAGGCGGUCUGCGAGAACUUCUCCAUGUCCGGGUCGUCUUUCACUGCGGCGUCAGGGCCGGUUCAGAACCCGUAUGCGAGAGGGUGGACAGCUGGGGGAAGCAGCUCGGGCUGCGGGUACCUCGUAGGGUCGGGGGAGGUGGACCUGGGUAUUGGGGGCGAUCAGGGGGGGAGUAUACGCCUGCCUGCGGCGUUCUGCGGGCUGGUGGGGAUGAAGCCGACGUUUGGGCUUGUGCCUUACACCGGGAUCAUCAGCCUUGAUGCGAGUAUCGACUACACUGGGCCGAUGAGCAGGGGUGUGUUGGAUAACGCGCUCAUGUUGCGUGUGAUGGCUGGUACGGACGGGCUUGAUGAUCGGCAGAUGGGAACACCUGCACCUGAUGGUGUACCAGACUACCCGGGGAUGGUGAGGGAUGCUCAGGAGAAUGGGAUCAAGGGGUUGAAGAUCGGUGUGCUGAAGGAGAGCUUCGCAUUGCCCUGCAUGGAGCAGCGUAUGGAGGCCAAAGUGCGCGAAGCAGCUGCUCGCUUCACCCAGCUAGGCGCGGUAGUGGAAGAGGUGUCUGUGCCGAUGCACUUGUUGUCGCCGGUGUUAUGGAGUGGCAUGAGGCAUGGGAUGGCGGAGCAGAGUGUGCUCGCGAAUCAGGUCGGGAGGAGAGGGGUGUACCUUACUGAUCUACCGGGGUUGAUCAGGCCUCUUACGCAGGAGAAAUGGGACAAGUUCUCGCCCAUCUCGCAGAAUCUGAUGCUGAACAACGUGUACCUGCAAGAACACUACCCGCACCUGUACGGCAAAGCCCAGAACCUGUACCGCCGUCUACGCGCAGAGUAUGACAAGGUGUUUGAUUCGUACGACGUGCUCAUCACCCCUACGACCCCCUUUGUCGCUAACACCAACCCGGAUCCCUCGGAUAGCAUCCUUACCAAAGUGGGAAAAUCGGCGGGGUUGACACUUAACACUUGCCCCUUUAACGGUACUGGGCAUCCGGCGCUUAAUCUGCCUAUUGGAUGGAUGACAGAAGGUGGGGAGGGGGUAAAGCUGCCUGUUGGAAUGCAGCUGGUGGGGCCGUGGUGGGGUGAAGGAAUGAUUUAUAGAGCUGCUGCUGCUUGGGAGAAGGAGUAUAAUUGGAAGGAGCUGUGA